AUGACUGAGAGCCUCCGACCUGCCUGGCGGCGUUCCCGAGCCGAUUUCUAUUCUGAGUUGGUGUCGCACUGUGCGGGCAACGUUCAGUUGGAGAAAGCCUUCCUCUGUCAGUUGAUGUGCUUGAAGCUGCUCCGUGUGCAAGUGUCUCCUCUGGCCGAAUCCGAGCGCCGUGAAAGGGUUAAGCAGAUGACCCGUGUCUUUUAUGGACACUUGCUGAGUGAAAAUGAGGAAGUUCAUGAGGCCGCCCACACAUGUUUAGAGGGCUGCUUAAAAGGGGACAAGGAGUACGCACCAAAACUUGUGGCUCCGUACGUCUUGGCUUUCCUCGACACAAGAUUGAAUUCCUCACUCGACUUGCCUGGCAAAGACUCCGCCAUGAACUUGUUGGGGAUGCUCUGCCGGUCUCUUGGUAAAGCUCAGCGGCGAAACUGGAUGGCACGGCUUGUGAAGCUCCUGCAACUCUACGAGACCGAGACGUUGGCUUGCAAACUCAAUGUACUGUAUCGAAUGAAGGAACUCUGGACACUCGACGCUGUCCCCAAGGCUACAUUUCCAGAAGCGUACGAGCUUUUGCUCGGAAUGAUGCGGUCGACUUCGCUGGAUUCUGAAUUGAGAGAGGCGAUUUUUGCUAUGUGCUUUCGCUAUUAG